UAGUUUAUAGAGUCUUUUGUUUCAUUUAAGCUGUUCUUCCAAGUGUGUCUGAGUCUAUGGAAGAGGAAAUGAAGCCUACACAGAUGUCACUGCAGCAGAAUAAACUUUCUGUUCAGUCCAAUCCAUCUCCUCAGCUGCGUGGGGUAAUGAAGGUAGAAAAUUCUGAAAAUGUACCCAGCCCUACUCAUCCACCAGUAGUAAUCAAUGCUGCAGAUGAUGAUGAAGAUGAUGAUGAUCAGUUGUCUGAAGAAGGUGAUGAAUCUAAAAUGCCUGUUCAGCAAUCUUCAGAGGUCUCUAAUGGAUUGCGAGUAGUUUCUACUCGAAAAUCUGUGGUUAGCACAAAGCAAGAUAAAGAUGGUGGUUUGAAUUUUGGGAUCAAAACCCUUGAGGAAAUCAAAUCAAAGAAAAUGAAAGAAAAAUCAACGCAGCAAGCUGACAGUCCUUCUGAAGUUGCUGCUCAAACCCAGACCCAUCCAGGCCGAGAGAGAGAAAAUGUACGGACUGUGCUCAGAACUGUAACUUCAUCUAUGAAGCAAGGUGAAGAGCCUCAGAUUCGUUGACUCUUGCAGAACGCUUAGGGAAACGGAAGCCUUCCAUA